AUGCACGAGGUCGCCAGCCUCUGGAAGUACCACCGCACCCACCACCUUACCAAGCACCCCAACCCGCUGUUAACGUUAUACGCCGAUACUGAGCAAGAGUUUUUCGAUACUCUCGGCAUCCCACUCCUCGGUUACUUUUCACUUAAGGCGAUGGGUCUACCUAUGGGCUACUACGAGUGGUGGGUCUGCCAUCAGUACCUCGUCUUCGCCGAGUUGGUCGGGCAUAGCGGCCUCCGUCUUUAUCUCCCCAUCCCGAACACACUUAACCCGUUGUUGUGCUGGUUCAACUGCGAGCUGAUUAUCGAGGAUCACGACCUGCACCACCGCAAAGGUUGGAAGAGCAGCGGCAACUACGGCAAGCAAACUCGUCUAUGGGACCGCAUCUUCGGUACUUGCAAGGACCGCAUUGAGUGCCGGGAUGAUAACAUCGACUGGGAGAAUACGAUUACGAUGCCGUUGUUAUAA